GCCACCUGCCCGUCCAGCCGUCUGUCAGGUGCGAGGAGAACUGGGCGGAGGUGUCUGACACUGCCCGCCCACUGCUGCUAACCAAAAUGGCGAACUUCACACCGGUCAAUGGCAGCUUGGGCAACCAGUCUGUGCGCCUGGUCACGUCAACCCAUAACCGCUAUGAGACAGUGGAGAUGGUGUUCAUUGCCACGGUGACAGGCUCACUGAGCCUCGUGACUGUCGUGGGCAACAUCCUGGUGAUGCUAUCCAUCAAAGUCAACAGGCAACUGCAGACGGUCAACAACUACUUCCUCUUCAGCCUGGCAUGUGCUGACCUCAUCAUAGGCGCUUUCUCCAUGAACCUCUACACCGUGUACAUCAUCAAGGGCUACUGGCCUCUGGGUGCCGUGGUGUGUGACCUGUGGCUGGCCCUGGACUACGUGGUGAGCAAUGCCUCUGUCAUGAACCUGCUUAUCAUCAGCUUUGACCGGUACUUCUGCGUCACCAAGCCCCUCACCUACCCCGCGCGGCGAACCACCAAGAUGGCGGGCCUCAUGAUCGCCGCUGCCUGGGUCCUGUCCUUCGUGCUCUGGGCACCUGCCAUCUUGUUCUGGCAGUUUGUGGUGGGCAAGCGGACGGUGCCAGACAACCAGUGCUUCAUCCAGUUUUUGUCCAACCCGGCGGUGACCUUCGGCACGGCCAUCGCUGCCUUCUACUUGCCUGUGGUCAUCAUGACGGUGCUCUACAUCCACAUCUCCCUGGCCAGUCGCAGCCGAGUUCACAAGCACCGGCCCGAAGGCCCUAAGGAGAAGAAGGCCAAGACCCUGGCCUUCCUCAAGAGCCCCCUGAUGAAGCAGAGUGUCAAGAAACCGCCCCCAGGAGAAGCUUCUCGGGGGGAGCUGCGCAACGGGAAGCUAGAGGAGGCCCCUCCACCGGUCCUCCCCCCCCCGCCACGCCCAGUGGCUGACAAGGACACCUCCAAUGAGUCCAGCUCGGGCAGCGCCACCCAGAACACCAAGGAACGACCACCCACAGAGCUGUCAACCACAGAGGCCACCACGCCCGCCACACCUGCACCUCCCCUGCAGCCACGGACCCUCAAUCCGGCCUCCAAAUGGUCCAAGAUCCAGAUUGUGACGAAGCAGACAGGCAACGAGUGUGUGACAGCCAUCGAGAUUGUGCCUGCCACGCCGGCUGGCAUGCGUCCGGCGGCCAAUGUGGCCCGCAAGUUUGCCAGCAUCGCCCGCAACCAGGUGCGCAAGAAGCGGCAGAUGGCAGCCCGGGAGCGCAAGGUGACUCGGACCAUAUUUGCCAUUCUGCUAGCCUUCAUCCUCACCUGGACACCCUACAAUGUCAUGGUCCUGGUGAACACCUUCUGCCAGAGCUGCAUUCCUGACACCGUGUGGUCCAUUGGCUACUGGCUCUGCUACGUCAACAGCACCAUCAACCCGGCCUGCUACGCCCUCUGCAAUGCCACCUUUAAAAAGACUUUCAGACACCUGCUGCUAUGCCAGUAUCGGAACAUCGGCACUGCCAGGUAGGCAGGUAGGGGUACCACUGGAGGUGCUGGUGUGUGCGCUGGGGACCACGUGUCAGCUGCUGCCAGGAAGAGAUGUGGAGGCACUUCUCAGUGUUCAUGUUUGCCGAAGAGAACUGAUGUUCCCGAGACCCCGUGAGCCUCAGGAAGAGGCUCUGGCUGGAUUCAGAGACCAGGUCUCUGCUCAGGCCAAAGAGGAUCAGCCCCAGGAAGUGACCAAACUGGACAGUCUGACCCAUCGCUCUUGUCCUGCCUCAGGGAGCUGGGGAGCACUGGCCUAUGUGGGCACCUGCCCCACUAUGACCAGCCAGCGUGGCUGAAAGAACGGACAUCUGGAGGGGAGCAGAGCCCAGCACCCCUCUGGGAGGAGCAAAGGGGCCAAUGCUUGGGAAAGGAGGCUCAGGGAGGGAAGGGUCCCCCAUCCUGCUGUAAUCGGUGCUUUCUGCCCCCCUGUACCCCGCAUGUAGGCUCAGCCUCCUCUUCCUAUAUCUCUCUCCAGGGGCAGAAGUCUCCCCUUGCUGCAGCUACUCAGCAGGGCUCUGGUUGGGUGGGCGGGUCAGUGGGUGAGCUGGCUGGAGGCCAGGCAGAGGGGGCUCCGAGCACCCCCUACGGCACUACCCUGGCCACGUUCAGGAUGGGCUGGCAGGGAGAUCAGGGGUUCACUCAGGAACUGGGGCCUGGCCACCUACCUCCCCAGGCUGAGCUGAGUGGCCCCUGUCAUUCUGAAGAGUUGCCCUCCCUCCCCAAGGAGAGGGCUUGGCUCGGGUCACACACAGUGAAGGUGGGACUGUGGUGAGUGGUAUUCACGGCUGGCCUCUGCAGCACGAGGGACGCCCUGGUGGGUCACCAGGGAGAAAACGGGGGUGGACUUGACCCACACACAGGCUUCAGUGACAGUUGGGGCAGGGCUGGUGAGGCAGGCAAGCGACCCCCAUCUCUCCUCUCCCAGCUGAUAGAACCUUCUGGAUUGGCAGUGGGCUGGACCAAAAGACCUUUACCUGGGGGAAACUGAGAUGGGGGGAAUCAGUUCUAAUGAGUCCCCUGGGUUCCCUCCCCCAGCCCUGGCCCCUGGAGAAACAGGACUGAGAGGCUCAGGGGACUUGAUGGGGGGCACCCUUCCAGGGGUCAGUAGGGGGCCCUGGAAGAAAUUUUCAUAACCGUUUUUUCUCCAUGAGCUCUGGGGGGCACUCACCGCCAAGUCUUCAACCCCCUGAAAGCCACUGUUCCCUCCAGCCCUCUCUUUCCUCCAUUCUCCCACCUCCAACAAAUCACCACAGCAAACUUCCUGGGA